CCGAAUCUAUUUAUUGCACUGCAUCACGUACUCUCAUCGCGACGAAACAGAGUCGUUUUUCGAAAUGACGGACGAAGAGAAGGAGCUUUUGGCGCGCAUCGGCCAACUCGCUGGCCAAAUCAACCGACACAAGAACCAGCAGGCCGGCUACCAAACAGUCCCAUCACCACACCACCCAAGCCGCCAUCGAGGAAAUGUCUACCGUCAAGCAAGCGCGCCUUAUCCCAGCAGGGGGUUCAGCAGCCGGCCAGCUGCCGCUCACCGUCACAGGACUCUGCACCUCAACGCCUCGGCAUCCGCCUCCGGGUCCGCGUCGAGUUCGGCGGCGCCCAGUCCUGGUCCCACGGGCUCCGGCUGGGUAUCCAAGAACGAUCGCCACCGCCAGCUCAUCAACGCCAGCAUAUACGAAAAGGACAGCCAGAACCGGGCCAAGGCCAUAGAAGAGACUCGGCAGCGGAAACUCAAGGAGCAGCGCCUUCGGGAGAAGAAGCGGUUUGGCGAAUAUCUCCGCCAUCAAGCCGGCGCUGCUGGAUUUCCGAGCACGAGCACGAGCGCUAACUCGACAGGGACGAACGAGAUAUCGGUCAACGGUAUUCGUUUCCGCGUUUUGGAGGGAGGAAAGAAGCUGGUCAAAGCGCCUGACGAUCCAGCCUCUCCUGCCAUGACGCCCAAGUCGACAGUCAUUGCCGGGGUCAAGUUCCAUCGUACCAAGACUGGAAACCUUGUGGCGCAGAGGAUAGUCAAAGACCAACGUCGAUCUGGCGCGGUUAAGAAGCUCGAUCAGCGGUGCAAGAUAUUCUCAACGACCGGAUCCUGCCCGAAAGGCCCUGCCUGCCGCUACAUACACGAUCCCAACAAGGUGGCCCUCUGCAAAGACUUCAUGAAAGACGGCAAGUGUCCCAACGGCGAGGCAUGCGACCUCUCCCAUGAGCUUACCCCAGAACGUGUCCCGAACUGCCUGCAUUUUGCCAAGGGGCAAUGCUCCCGGCCUGACUGUCCCUUUACCCACUCCAAAGCGCCUCCAACCGCCCCCGUGUGCGAGGCAUUUGGGUUCUGCGGUUACUGUGACAAGGGUGCGGACUGCACCAAUCGCCACGUCUUUGAAUGCCCUGACUUUAGCAACACCGGAACCUGUAAGAACAGACGCUGCAAGCUACUCCAUCGCGAGAGGGCAAGCGUCCUCCGAAACCAGGCCAAACAGCGCGACGAGGCCGAAGGCGAGGAUGUGUCUAGCGAAGAUGAAUCAGUGGAUUCAGACGACGUCGAUUCGGACGAGGUGGCUGAGUUCCUCGAGGCCGACUCUGACGACUCCGACUUUGAGAAUCCCAAGGAUUUCCUUCCUCUCUAGUCGAGUCAAAGAGUGUGAUCAGCAGACUCGGCAGCCACUGCGUGUAGCUGACGGAGCCGACAUGUUUUCGGCUUGCAGUCCCA